CUCACAGUCCAAGACGCUGUGACCAUCCCGUAAGACAGAGGAGCUAUAUAAGCUGCCGAGAGAAGUGUAGGCGCUCGAAACCCUCAGACCUCUUGCUCUCUCAUUCUCUCCGGUGAUUUUAGCGCGGGCAGUGGUGACAGGCCGGCGGUGGCGAGGGUAUCUGUGGUAGACUUGUGAGGAGCUAUAAAUGGGAGAAGCGAUUGUUUCAGAUCUCCUCACUGAGAUCCUAAUCCCGGUGGCGGCCGUCAUCGGGAUCGCCUUUGCCCUCGUUCAGUGGCUGUUUGUCUCCAAGGUGAAGGUUGUGCCUGAGCGGCAGGGUGUUCCAUCGUCGAACAAUAAUAACGGCUUGGAUGACUAUUUACUCGCUGAGGAGGAAGAGGGUGGGAACGAGCACACCGUCGCUGUCAAGUGCGCCGAAAUCCAGAACGCUAUCUCGGAAGGAGCUACUUCCUUCCUGUUUACUGAGUAUCAGUAUGUUGGGAUCUUUAUGGUGGCUUUUGCUGUUUUGAUAUUUCUCUUCCUUGGCUCUGUGGAAGGAUUUAGCACAAGGGAACAACCUUGUACCUACAGCAAGGAUAAAUCUUGCAAACCGGCCCUUUUCAAUGCCAUCUUUAGCACUGUUGCCUUCUUGUUGGGUGCAGUCACCUCUGUGGUUUCUGGCUUUCUAGGGAUGAAAAUUGCCACCUUUGCAAAUGCUAGGACAACUCUAGAGGCAAGGAAGGGCGUGGGAAAGGCUUUCAUUACUGCAUUCAGAUCUGGAGCAGUUAUGGGCUUUUUACUGGCUGCAAAUGGACUUUUGGUGCUAUACAUUUCAAUUAAUCUGUUCAAGCUGUACUAUGCUGAUGAUUGGGAGGGUCUUUUUGAGGCAAUCACUGGAUACGGCCUUGGUGGCUCUUCAAUGGCUCUCUUUGGUAGAGUUGGAGGUGGUAUCUACACAAAAGCUGCUGAUGUUGGUGCUGAUCUCGUUGGUAAAGUUGAGAGGAACAUUCCAGAAGAUGAUCCUAGGAAUCCAGCUGUAAUUGCUGACAAUGUGGGAGAUAAUGUUGGUGAUAUUGCUGGGAUGGGUUCAGACCUUUUUGGUUCAUAUGCCGAGUCUUCCUGUGCUGCUCUUGUUGUUGCUUCUAUUUCUUCCUUUGGAGUUAAUCAUGACUUCACUGGGAUGUGCUACCCACUGUUGAUUAGUUCUAUGGGCAUUAUUGUUUGCUUGAUCACAACUCUUUUUGCAACCGAUUUCUUUGAGAUAAAGGCUGUUAAGGAGAUUGAACCUGCUCUUAAGAGGCAGCUAAUAAUCUCCACUGCACUAAUGACCGUUGGGAUUGCAAUUGUUAGUUGGUUGGCCCUUCCAUCUUCAUUCACUAUCUUUAAUUUUGGUACCCAAAAGGAAGUGAAAAAUUGGGAAUUGUUCUUCUGUGUUGCAAUUGGCCUCUGGGCUGGCCUUGUGAUUGGAUUCGUUACUGAAUACUACACCAGCAAUGCAUACAGCCCUGUGCAAGAUGUUGCUGAUUCCUGUAGAACUGGUGCUGCUACAAAUGUUAUUUUUGGACUUGCUUUGGGAUACAAAUCAGUCAUAAUUCCAAUUUUUGCCAUUGCCGUUAGCAUUUUCGUCAGCUUUAGUCUUGCAGCCAUGUAUGGUAUUGCAGUUGCUGCUCUUGGUAUGCUGAGCACCAUCGCCACAGGAUUGGCUAUUGAUGCCUAUGGUCCCAUCAGUGACAAUGCUGGAGGCAUUGCUGAAAUGGCUGGAAUGAGCCACAAAGUUCGUGAGAGGACUGAUGCCCUUGAUGCUGCAGGAAAUACAACCGCUGCCAUUGGAAAGGGUUUUGCCAUUGGUUCGGCUGCUUUAGUUUCUCUUGCUCUCUUCGGCGCCUUCGUGAGCAGGGCAGCUAUUUCUAAAGUUGAUGUUCUGACCCCAAAAGUCUUCAUUGGGUUGAUCGUUGGUGCCAUGCUGCCUUACUGGUUCUCAGCCAUGACCAUGAAAAGCGUCGGCAGUGCAGCUCUUAAGAUGGUCGAGGAAGUUCGCCGGCAGUUUAACACCAUUCCUGGUUUAUUGGAGGGCACUACCAAGCCUGACUAUGCAACCUGUGUCAAGAUUUCAACAGAUGCCUCUAUUAAGGAGAUGAUACCUCCUGGUGCUCUGGUCAUGCUUACACCCCUUAUUGUUGGCACCUUCUUUGGUGUGGAAACCCUAUCUGGAGUUCUCGCUGGUUCUCUCGUCUCUGGUGUUCAGAUUGCCAUCUCUGCAUCAAAUACAGGUGGUGCUUGGGACAAUGCUAAGAAAUACAUCGAGGCUGGCGUUUCGGAGCAUGCCAAGUCUUUAGGCCCAAAGGGUUCUGACCCUCACAAAGCAGCUGUAAUUGGAGACACCAUUGGUGACCCUCUCAAGGACACUUCUGGGCCGUCUCUUAAUAUCCUGAUAAAGCUAAUGGCGGUUGAAUCGCUGGUCUUCGCACCCUUCUUUGCUACUCAUGGUGGUCUUCUUUUCAAGAUCUUCUGAUACAAAAGUGCAGCAGAUAUUGCAACGCCUCUAUAUCCGGUUCUGUUUUCUAAUUGAGCUCUGCAAAUCCCGUUUUGGUUUACAGUGAUGCAGAAAUUUUCCCCUAUAAGUUUUAGAUAGACUGUUACUAUAAUAUGCUGUUAAUUACUCCUCAAUCUUGUUCUCAAGCUGUUCGUGCUUCCUGAAUGCUUAUUUGGUUGUUGUACCCCUUCAUCUUUUGUUUUACUUGAUUGGAAAAACUGUGAUCUUGCCUUUGAAUGAAUGACAUUCAUAUCACAGAAUCAAAAUUUUA